AUGGGGCCGCAAGGAUCUCUCUCUGCAACCAAUCUCGCCGUUCACCACCACCUGAACUGCGAUCUCUACCUACACAAUGUCUACCACAAGAAGAACCCACGGCCAUCGACCUCGACAGCCAUCCAAGACGCAUCCGAGAAGGCUCUACUUGAGGCUCGCUACAAGCGGGGCCUCGAAUGGGAAUCGACACUGUACUCAUGGCUAGACGAGUCCAAUCUGUUGCUCAAAGUUCCUUCGACGCCAGUCGAGGCAGGAAUCCUCAUGGAAAACAUCCUCGCAGACGAUAGGGACCACUUCUUUAUAACAGGCUUGACUUUCAAGGCCCCGGCUGACCAGCUGGUGCGCCGAUUCGCGCAACACGGCCAUGAUCCUGUAAACUUUGGUUUGGCGAAACCUGACUUGAUCGAAGUUCGACGCACAGCAACUGGGGCACGAUGGAAAGUCAUUGACGCCAAGGCGUCCCAGGCUAUCAAGACAUCGCACCAUGUGCAAAUAUACUUCUAUAGCCUCUGUCUCCAGCAUCUUCUGAUGGCGCCUUUCUUCGAGGCAGCGGGAAAGGCGGGCGUAUGGUUACCUCCGGAAGACGGUUUCAACGUUGCGCCCCCUUCUUUUGACGACAUCAAGAGCAUAGACCUGUCGCUCCUUUCUCCCUCUCUGGAUACCUUCCUUUUCGACCGGUUGCCCAGAUUGCUGUCGCUACCCAAAAGCCGUGUCAAGUGGCACUUUAAUCCCCUAUGCUCCGGGUGUGACUAUAGUGCCCAAUGCAAGCGCACAGUUAUCAGAGAAGGCCGCCUUGGGACCAUGCCCAACGUCUCUAUCAAUGAUGCUCGUGUCCUUCAAGAAUUCAUUUCCCUCGGUGAACAGGCGAUAGAAGGGUUCGAACGCAACCCUCCAGCAGAUAUCGAAGACCUCCAUUACCUUGUCUCGAAGAAGAAACGUAUUUCGGUAAUAGAGUCCCAAGCUCCUAUUACUGUCCAGAAGGUCAGGAAAAUCCUUGCUCUCCCAAAGCGAAUACGUCGAGGAGACAAGGCACAGAACUCUAGUUCGGUCCUGGAUGCAGCUCGAGCCAAGGCAGUCCAGAUCAUCCCUCGGCGGAACUUCACUUGCCCGUCCCGCGAAGACAUCGCCAUAGUCAUUUCCUUGGUCCAAGACCCAGCAAAACCAAAACCGUGCCUCGAAUUCUUCUCCAUUUCCGUGUUCUUUGAAGGCGAGGAAGAAGCCGCAUUCUCGUGCAAUGGACCAGACGAAGAUUUCGUUCCUGUCCUGGCCGCUACCAUUCGCAAUGUAACUGCGGGACUUGAAACUCCUCCCUCGACGCAAUUUUACAUCUGGUCGACAUCCGAGCAGCGGUUGCUUCAAUCGCACCUCAUCAAGACCGCCCUUGAAUCUGGGGAUGACCGGUCGGACAUCCGGCUCUGCAUCGGCACUCUCGCUCAAGGAGCUUCAUUGUUGCGAACGACGUUCCAGCCCAUGUUGUUAGGCGGCGCGCUGUUAUCGUUCCUUGGCAAGUCGCGUCGUACAAAGGGAGAAUACCAGACUUGCCUUCGCCGCAUGGGCCUGGAUACACAAGGGACCGUCCCCGAAUUGCGCGCUCGGAUUACAACAGAACUGAAGCGUCUGCAAAGUCAAAGUCAAGGGAAUGGAGCAAAGGAGGCGGGCCAAAUAGCACCCGUCGUUGUCCUCAAGAAAGAAAUCGAACGACUCCUCGCCCUCCCGAUUCCAGGGUACUGGGACCUCCGCGAGUGCUGCGGUGUACUUCUCGAGCGAGAAGAUAUCACACGAGUUCCAACAGACGAUCAAAUCCUUUCCGCCUUCAAGCUGGACGACGACUUGGACCUCUUAAAACGCUUCCUCGCGAUUCGGAACCAGGCUAUGCGUGAUGUCCUCCUGGAAAUGCGGAAUCGAAUUAAGUCAAGCGGCUUGGGUCUUCUUGUCAAUGAGGGCAAGCCGGUCUCAGGGGAUUUCAUGGACAUCUGUUACAACGACCAUCUCAGCAAGCUGUUCUUUAUGCAGCAGUUCGAAGUGUUCUCAAAACUUGGGGAGCUUUGGGCGUCCAGGAUCGAAGGUUCUCCAGAAGCACCUAUACUAGAAUACGAGCGCUCCGAACCUGGAAUCAGAGGCACUGAACACAUCUUCCACCUCGUCGAUGGCAGCAUCGAGUUCCAAUCCGACAGGGACCACGCGUUCUUCGACAAACUUCUCGUCGAAGAUGUCUCGUCCGACACAGAAAUCCCAGUUGAAAGUUUAUUCGAGGAUCUGGCCGUCGCGGGCUUUGUCUUCCCGCUCAACAAAUGGACGAAGCCUCAUUGGGAGUCCCAGGAUGCUCGGGUGAGGGACGAAAUACGACUCGCGGAUAUCCGGAAUAUGUACGCGGCUGGUGGUCGUACACAUGUCGUCUUGCGGACUUGGGAAACCACUGAGAAACAACUGAUUCCCGGACGUCGUUAUCGACUAUCGUCGCGACUUGUUGACUUUAAUACGCAAAAGGUUCUAGCAACACUGUUCGAAGCGGAUUGGCAGUGGGUUGAGCGGGACAAGGGAGAAGAAAUUCCGGAGGAAGACCACAGAGGAGUGCCGUUUCUUCAACUGAUCAUGGACCCCAAAUCCCUUGGCGCUAUUCCAACGGCCAAGGAAAUGCUCAAAUUGGACGCUAACAUCCAGACCAUGUUCAGAAGGCUCAAGGAUCUCGAUGUCGAAGCUGCCGGCUCCCUCUUGCUGAAACCCUCGCAGCACCGCGCGACCCAGCGAAUGCUAACCAAUCGGUUAACAGUGAUCUGGGGCCCUCCAGGCAAGUGCCAUCCUUCUCUUGGGGAUUCAACUUCUGAAAUGUAUGAUUAA